GAAUGAUAUUUAUAGAAAAGAAGUUACAAACUACAGUAUACAUUUUCCAACGAUCAUGUGAUGUUAACAUACUAGUCUUUUUAUAAUCAUAUAAUAGUAAGAUUGAAAGGUUGAACAUGGCCCAGAAAUACGCACCUUUACCAAACAACUUUAGGUAUGAUGAUUUGGUAAAUAGCUUGUCUGAUGAAGACCCUCUACAAAGUGAUGACGGUGAUGUUGAUAUCCAGGAAAUCGUUGCCGAGAUUGGACAACGGUAUGACGUAUCAUCACGUGACGAAGUAUCUUUUACCCAGACAACAUGUACGAAUACGGAGGGUAACGCAUAUUCUCCCCUAAAAAAUGCGAUUGACCAGUUGAACGAACAUAAAAAAUGUAUCAAAAAGAGCUGUGCAAAUUGUUCCAAACCAAGGAGAGUUGUAUAUGUCUCAAGCUUAAAGAAGGGUCAGCACAUAUCGAUGCCAGGCCAAUAUUCCAACAAAUAUGUAAAAGCGGAGCGAAAAAUGAAAAGGGCAUACGACCACCAUGCCGUUGUUAAAGAAAUUAAAAGUGCGGUAGGUAGUAAAGUUACGAUGGUUCUCAUACAUUUCACAAAACAUGAUGGAAAGAUAGCAGUACACGAGGAAACCAAAGAAUUUAAUUUAAGAGUAAAUGAAUUAUGCAUCGUAGAUUACGUUUUUCCCAGAUACGACCCAGAUACAGUUGUGACUAGAGCCGAAUCCAUUCUAGAACAGAACGACAAAUUCGAAACCUACAAUAUAGUUACAGGCAACUGCGAACAUUUUGCAACUUGGUGUGUUGUGGGAGAAAGCAAAAGUUCCCAGGUACAAAGUAUGAGACAAAAAAUUGCAGAUGCUCUUUCUGGAUUAUUUGGAGCUGGUAGCCAAAUAGGAAAAGGCAUUCUACGAAUUUUAUUUGUUUCUUCAGAUGAAAUUGCCAGUAGUCUUAGUAAAGCAGUACCGGAAUUAGUUCUUGGUGGAGCAGCAGCCUUGUAUCUCAUAUACUGUAUUGUUAUGACAGCAUUGCAUGUUCAAGAUUAUAAAAAUGACCAAAUGUGUUGGUCUUGUUUAAAGGGAAAGGUUUUGGACUUGUGGCUGACCUUUAGAGCGUUUGGACCGACAUCAAUGAUAACAUUUCUUAUUUUACACUUUGCUGUUCCUUUAACGGCUCCGGGAGUAGGAAUACCACUAAUGAUUCUAUCUGUUUUACUUGCGGUCGCAUUUCAAAUGUCAGUGCCCAGAUUACGAAAAGCUUUGAGCUCUCCAUUUUCCAUUGAUCGUGUAAAGGUAAAAAAUUUAGAAAAACUACGCAUUGGCGAUGUGUUAUCUCAUCGCUUUUAUGGCGUUAUUCAACAGACAAGUAUUGUUUCUGAGGUCACAACAAAAAAAGACAAACAAACUAAGGGGUGGAUUCGUUUGAUCCAUUAUGGAUUGUCAACAUCAUUAGCGACAAAAAUUGUCGAGGAAUAUGUUGAAAUUGAUACAGAUAAAUCGAGUCUAUAUGUAUUGGACUGCAAACCUUUAUGUACAUUUCCAGCUGACAUUGUUUUAAGUCGAGCGAGGAGUCGAAUUGGCGAGACUAAAUGGGCCUUAUUUUCAAAUCGAUCAGAUCAUUUUUCAUAUUGGGCUAAAAUUCAACAAUACAAAAAUGACAUUUUUGACGAAAUAUUUAAUGAAGAAAUUGCAAAACCAACGGAAAAGAUACAAGCGUCACUCUUCAUAGAAAAGAGAGAGAUUCACCGCGUAGACGAUAUCAGAAUAGGUGACGUUGUUCAAAGCGGUGUAAUUGGAAUAAUUAAUGAUACCGGCAUACUUUCUUCGGUACGAUAUUUGGGUGGACCAGAUGGACGCAAAUUCGAAAUAGAUGUAUACUCGUACUCAUUAUUGAGGACGAUUACUCGGAAAAAAUAUACUGUUGAUCUUAAUAAACAUAGAUUGUACGUGAAAGUAUAUAAUCCCGCACAAUGUCAGACUAUGAAGCAACGUGUGCAAAACGCUCGAGACAUGGCAGGCAAAAAAGGUUCUUGGUGGACCACGGAGGGAUUUAUCAAAUAUUGUAUUGAAAUCAAUUCGGAAUGA